GUUUCCUUUAGGUGGCAGUGCCAGCUGCCAACGCAUAUUUUGAUGCAAACGAGGAAGAACACAAACCAUAUCCAUUUGUAACUAAAAAUCCUCUUCCUCAUAAUUCCAAUCUCUUAACCCCGCAUGCCUCCUUGAACAUCGGAUCAGGUGAAAAGAUGAACCAGGAGAAAUUGGCCAAACUUCAAGCCCAAGUGCGGAUAGGAGGAAAGGGUUCCGCACGCAGAAAGAAGAAGGUGGUACACAGGACUGCGACAGCAGACGACAAAAAGCUUCAAAGUUCACUGAAGAAACUGGCAGUCAACAACAUUGCUGGUAUUGAGGAGGUCAAUAUGAUCAAGGAUGACGGGACAGUGAUCCACUUCAACAAUCCCAAAGUUCAAGCUUCCCUGUCAGCCAACACAUUUGCUGUCACAGGUCAUGCCGAGACCAAGCAGCUGACAGAGAUGCUGCCCGGCAUCCUCAGCCAACUGGGGGCCGACAGCCUUAGCAGCCUGCGCAAACUGGCCGAACAAUUCCCACGGCAAGUGCUUGACAGUAAAGCUCCAAAGGCAGAGGACAUCGAGGAAGAGGAUGAUGACGUUCCAGAUUUGGUGGAGAAUUUUGACGAAGCAUCAAAGAAUGAAGCAAACUGAUGUGUGCAACUGCAAUGAAACCAGAAACUCACUCAUGACAUAUCCACCUACACAUACACACAUACACUAGAGACUUUUUUUUUAACAGACGGUUCACAUUUACAAUAUGAAUUUCUCAUGAAUGAACAGUUGAGCUGCAUUGCUGGUCAUUAUAGUUGUCAUAUUGGUCUUUUUUGUUUGUAACACAAUAAAAAAAAGCAUUAACAUUUU